AUGGCAAAUGGGCUUGUCCACCUGCAAACAUCAUAUAAACAAGACCCGAUUAUGAACAAGUCCCAGUUGUCCCAGCUAUCCAAUCACAAUCUCAGCUCCGGAAGACAUCUUUUAAGUCAGCUUGAAGGAAACUUGAUCAGAUUCAUGGGAGAUAUGACCCAGCUUCAAAACCCAAUCAAUUGCAUUAAAUAUUCUCCAAACCAACUCUCUCUCGCAAACAGUAGCCCAAAUGAAUUCAACAAUAUUUCUUCUCGUGAAGUACUAGUAGAGAUUCUUGCAGUCGCACUCGACCAAUGGGAUUUGCACUUGAUCUGUUUGAUGGGUGCUUCUUCACGUACCACAAUCAAUCCAAACCUCAGCCAAUCUCGACUCCAACAUGAACAACGUUUGAGGAAUUAUAUCGUCCUUGGGAGAAGCUUUUUUGGAAAGGUUCUUGAGGUUGGAAAGGCAGUAAAAAACUCAGAAGGGGAGAAUUGGUUUAUGGAUUGCAGGAGCUCUCGAAAUUAA